AUGAGCCAACCCGACAUCACCCUCUACACCGCGCAGACUCCCAAUGGAAUCAAAAUCUCCAUUGCGCUCGAGGAGCUGGGCCUCCCCUACAAAGUCCAAAAAAUCGACAUCAGCAAAAACACCCAAAAAGAACCCUGGUUCCUCGCCAUAAACCCCAACGGCCGCAUCCCCGCCCUAACAGACACCCUCAACAACCAACCCAUCCACCUCUUCGAAUCCGGCAGCAUCCUGCAAUACCUCGUCGAGCAGUACGACAAAGACCACAAGAUCUCCUACCCGCAGGGUACGCCAGAAUACUACGCAGUUAAUAAUUGGCUCUUCUACCAGAACGCCGGCGUGGGGCCGAUGCAGGGCCAGGCGAAUCAUUUCUCGCGCUAUGCGCCGGAGCAUAUUCCCUACGGUGUUACGCGGUAUGUUAAUGAGACGAGGAGGUUGUAUGGCGUGCUCGAUCAGCAUCUAUCGACCUCGAAGUCGGGGUGGCUUGUUGGGGAUCGUGUGACGAUUGCGGAUAUUUCGCAUUGGGGGUGGGUUGCGGCGGCUGGGUGGGCGGGGGUUGAUAUUGAGGAGUAUCCGCAUUUGAAGGCGUGGGAGGAGAGGAUGGCUGCUAGGGAGGGUGUUGAGAAGGGGAGGCAUGUGCCGGAGAAGCAUACGAUUAAGGACCUGUUGAAGAAUAAGGAGGAGAUGGAGAAGAAGGCGGAGGAGGCGAGGGCGUGGAUUCAGGAGGGGAUGAAGAAGGAUGCGAAAGUCUAG